AUGAGUGGAAAGUUACACUUGCCCUUGGACCAUUCACAAACGGAACUCACUCUCGAAGUAGAGGCCGAGUUUGAGUGGAGUAUGAGUGUAGGUUAUACCUCCCUUCAACCACACUCAAACAAAGUUGUGAUAAACAACAUGGCGAAUCUAUGGCUUGAAAUAUUGCAACAAUUGGACAAUUUGCAACGCAAUAAUGGAAAGGAGAAUAGAAAUUAUUAUUUCAACUAUGAAAUCUAUGAUGAAGAACAAUUUAGAAGUAGAUUUAGAUUAACUAAGAAUGGUUUUCGGGAGAUGUUUGACAUUAUAGAGGCAGAUAUAUCUGCUCAUAAUGAACGAGGGAAUCCAAUUCCUGCAGAAAUUAAGCUUUUAUUGACUUUACGUUAUUACGCAACUGGCACGUUUCAGGAAGCAUAUGCGGACCUUAAGUGCGUAUCUGAGGCCAUUGCUCGACUGAAAGUUCAUUACAUCAAAUUUCCUGCUGUUGAAAUGCUACAGCAAACCAAACUUGAAUUCUGGAGAAUAUGCUCGUUUCCUAAUGUUGUUGGGGCGAUUGAUUGUACCCAUAUAAAAAUUCCAUGCCCAGGAGGAGAAAACGCAGAAUUGUUUAGAAAUCGGAAGGGUUUUUAUUAA